AUGGGCCAAGGCUACUCCCUCACAACCCUGUCGGCGGGGUCUGCAGGGAUCGACGUACCGGAGCUUUCGGAUCUGGUAUAUGAGAAGUCGAUGGGUGGGGGCAGGUUCAUGAAGAGUAUCCGUGCUAGGCAACAAAACGGACUAGUCUUCGUCAAGGUGAUCAUGAAGCCAUAUCCAACAAUGCAACUGGGGCCAUAUGUCAAAGCAAUAAUGAGGGAACGGAAGCUCCUAUCGGAUGUACCAAAUGCAUUGAGCUAUGAGAGGAUCCUGGAAACCAGUACCAGCGGAUAUCUGGUUCGCCAGUACAUUCAUAGCUCUCUCUAUGAUCGGAUGAGCACUCGCCCAUUUCUAGAGGAUAUUGAGAAGAAAUGGAUCGCAUUCCAGCUCCUCUGUGCAUUGCGGGAUUCCCACUCGCUCGAUGUCUUCCACGGUGACAUCAAGACAGAAAAUGUUCUAGUGACAUCGUGGAAUUGGCUCUACCUAUCUGACUAUUCUUCAUCAUUCAAACCCACGUUCCUCCCAGAGGACAACCCUGCGGACUUUUCGUUCUACUUCGAUAUCUCCGGGCGAAGAACCUGUUAUCUUGCCCCAGAGCGAUUUCUAGUGGCUGGCGAAGAACCGGGCAACCGCCAUGUCAACUGGGCGAUGGACAUUUUCAGCGCGGGCUGCAUAUACAAGUAUCGGAAAGGCGAAUAUAGCCCGGAGCACAGCCAGCUGGUAAAGAUUGAAGACCUCGAAAUUCGAGAGCUCAUUCUUCACAUGAUUCAGCUGGAGCCAGAAUCCCGUUACUCUGCUGAGGAAUACCUCAAUUUCUGGAAGAACAAGGCCUUUCCGGAGUAUUUCUACAGCUUUCUUCACCAGUACAUGUCUCUCAUGACAGACCCGUCUUCGGGAAGAACCAAGGUGGAUGCGGAAUCGAAUAACCGAGGGGAAACAGAUGACCGCAUCGAAAGGGUCUGCCUGGACUUUGACAAAAUAUCCUAUUUUCUCGGGGUUCCGCCCCGAGCUUCUGCUGGCGGUCCGUCUGCCACAAAUCCAGCUCCUCGUCUCACAGGAAGCACUCUCCCAGUGAAGCUGGAUCUACCCGACGGUGACGGUGAUGGAAACCAAAUAACAGCAUCGUCCCCUCAAUUGCAGUCCGAUGAAGGUGUUUUGAUCUUCUUAGGUCUAGUUGCGUCCAACCUCCGGACGACAUCCAAGGCCUCAGCUCGAAUCAAAGCAUGCGACGUCCUGCUUGCAUUUGCGGAGAAAUUAUCAGAUGAAGCAAAGCUUGACCGAGUUCUGCCGUAUGUCAUGAUUCUUCUGGCAGAUCGUACCGACUCCGUCAAGGUUGCAGCAAUCCGCACGUUGACACAAUUGCUGGAGAUGGUCCAUGUAGUCACGCCGGUAAACGCCUACUUGUUCCCCGAAUACAUUUUCCCUCGGCUUCAGCCAUUCAUCAUCUCCUCCAAACACAAUCCAAGCCCAAUGGUCCGGGCUGCUUAUGCUUCAUGCAUUGCAUCACUGGCGCAAUCCUCCUUGAGGUUCCUGGACAUGAUCCAAGCGUUACGCUCGGAUACUCGCUUGACUUCGCUUAUUCCAGUUGGCUUCGAGCCACGAUGGACCGAGGACGCGACCUAUCACAAUCUUUACGACGUGGCUCGAAUCGACCUUCUUGAAUACUUUGAAGUGCAUACUAAGGCGCUUUUGACAGACACGGAUGCAUCCGUUCGCCGGGCCUUCCUGGGAUCUGUCUCCAGUCUAUGCGUGUUCUUCGGUAACCUCAAGGCCAAUGAGGUUAUUCUAAGUCACUUGAACACUUAUCUCAAUGACCGAGAUUGGAUCUUGAAAUGUGCUUUCUUCGAGGCCGUGGUGGGUGUUGCCGCAUAUGUCGGAAGCACCAACCUAGAACAGUAUAUCCUUCCUCUCAUGAUUCAAUCUAUGACGGAACCGGAAGAAUUCGUCGUCGAAAAGGUGAUUCGCUCUCUUGCCGCCAUGGCCGAUCUUGGUCUAUUCCAGCGAUCAACAACGUGGGAUCUUCUUCAUAUCACCAUCGGGUUUCUUGUUCAUCCCAACAUUUGGAUCCGUGAGGCCGCUGUGAGUCUUGUUGUCAAAUCGACCAAGUUCUUGUCAGUCGCGGAUAUCUUUUCUAUCCUCACUCCUCUCAUUCGACCCUAUCUUAAAGUGAAAAUUGUGGGUUUCUCUGAGGCUGAGCUUCUUGACGCUCUAAAGCGACCCAUGUCACGAAACAUCUACGAAAUAGUCUUCCUCUGGGCUUCCAAAACGGAUAAGGGUAUAUUUUGGAAAUCCGCAAGUCGAGAUGCGUUCAGUCUCUCGGAACCUGGCAGUCACAGCUCUCGUGUGGGUCGAAGUGUCAGUCCGUCAAUGAGUUCGCAGUCCAAGAAUGAGGAAGAUGAGCAAUGGCUUUCGCGGUUGCGAAAUCUUGGGAUGACGGUCGAAGAUGAAUUCAAAAUCCUAGCCCUCAGGGACUACAUAUGCAGAGUCUCGCUCCGGCAGUCAAGAGAUGUUGAAGCAGAGACCACAUUGCCGCUAGGCGAAAUCAUCAGUCUGUCGCAGCAAGGAGUCACGCCUCAGACGGUGUUCUUCGACAAGAAUCUGAAUGAGAAAUCACGCAAUACAUCUCUAGAAAGAAACACGAGUCGCACUCGUAACCCUCUUGACGACCCGAGACCACGAACUAUUGCAGACGCGCUACUUGAUGCUUCCACAACAAUUGAACGAUCACCAUCUGCUCAUCGCAGACAUAUUCGCACCCGAAGCCAGCUCCAUAAAGAAAUCGAAAUCCCACAUCCACGAAGCAUUGCGGUUGAGUCAUCCUCAUCAUCUCCCGCAGCAUCUUCUCCAGCCGCAGCUCCCGGGUCGCGCCCAAUGUCGCCACCAGGCUCGGACGUCGAGCGACAUACCAUUCAUGCAAAUCGCAGGUUGAGCUCCGGUCAAGAGAGCUCGUCAACAACUCCUACUAACGCAGACACCUUGUCGCUGAGAGGUCUACCCGUGCAACGCAAGUCUAGUGCAAUCAAUCUUCUCAACCGCAACGAUACUGCAAAGGCCUAUGCAGAAACGGGCACGAGCGCCGCAAAUGUAUUCGGAAAGGUAGACGCACCUGUUCAAAGAAGCGGAGCCCCCCAACCCUCUGCUCUCUCCCAUGCAUACGAGCGUAAACCAACCCAGGCUGUGGUGGCAUCGCGACGGUAUCGCGCCAAUCAUUCCUACACUGGUGAUGAUCCGGUGGUGCUGCGACUGUUGGACAACGUUUUCGCAGAAAAUUAUCCUACAGACUUGUUUGACUUGGGACCCUAUGUCAAAGAGCUUGAUUCCCGACAACCGAUUCCCAAAUCCAAUUCGCAAAAUGUCAACAAACUUUGGAAGCCUGAAGGCAACCUGGUCGCCACUUUCGGCGAACACAGUGGACCCGUUAACCGCAUUGCUGUGCCCCCAGAUCAUUCAUUCUUUGUGACUGCCUCUGAUGACAGUACAGUCAAGAUCUGGGAUACUAUUCGGCUGGAGCGCAACUUGACUCCUCGAUCUCGUCAAACUCAUCGCCAUUCACCGGGUGCACGCGUCAAGGCCCUCACCUUUGUGGAAAAUACAUACACGUUCGUCAGCGGUGCCACCGAUGCUUCAACUUGUCCGUGA